UCCUGAGUGGAUUUUUUCAGGGCUGUGCACAUAGCCCCACCACCACCUCCUGCUCAAACCCCCCCACCCCCACUCCUUCCUCUCUGGAGAGCUUUGCUCCACCAGUUCUGCACUGUGCCGGCCUGGAGAGGAGUAAGGGAGCGGAAAGAGGAGCGAGAAGAGAGGAUUUGGUGAACUGAGGAGAGACAGACAGGGGAGAGGGACCAUGGCCGCUCUCUCUGCCAUGCUGAAGACCUGGGUUAUACUGCAGACCUUGUGCCUGGCUCUGGCCCAAGUGAGGGGUCCACCUGGACCGCAGGGCCAGCCUGGCCCACCGGGCCCCUCUGGCACCCCUGGGUCAGAUGGCAUUGAUGGAGACAAAGGACCUCCUGGGCCCCCUGGUCCACCAGGACAAAAAGGAGAACCAGGAGAACCGGGUCCUGAUGGAGCACCAGGAGAAAAUGGCAUUGAUGGUCUGAUUGGAGCAAAGGGUGACCGAGGUCCUGUUGGGAGCCCUGGCCCUAAGGGUCAGCCUGGACCAAGUGGCGAGCCUGGCCCUCCUGGAGCCGGCCUUCCAGGACUGUCUGGCAUUCCAGGGCCAAUUGGUCUUCCAGGUGAAAUUGGACCAACUGGACCAAAGGGCAUCAUGGGACCAAAUGGACCUCCAGGACUUCCUGGACCUCCUGGCAAACCAGUAAGUGUCAAACCAGGAUUGGUUGUCCAGGAAGCAUCUUAUCAUCUGGUAUUUAAUG